AUGAAAUCUGGCACGGUAACUUCAAAAACAAUACCAUUAGACACCUUUAGUGAGUUCUCAGAAGAGACUGUUCAGUCGUUUCCUUCACUGCUAUCCAUAGAAAGCAUCUUAAAAGGUUUGCCUGACUAUGGUAGGCCUACGAUUUUGAAGGAAGCUUCCCACUCUAUAAUAACUCGUCGAAAUUUCUUAUAUUGUGGAAUCAUUGAUGGCUCAAUAAAAAUUUAUAGUUUAGAAGAGAAAUCAUGAAUAGGGAGCCUUCAAGGCCACAAUGACCAAAUUUUGCUACUUAAGCUUUCAAAAGAUGGAAGUUACAUGUGCUCACAUUCAAGGGACGGGACCGUGCGAAUAUGAAAUCCAAGACUAAUGCAACACAUUGCAGUAUUAGAAGGCAUACAUAUGGUAAAUGACCUGGGAAUUACAAAUGAUAAUAAAUUGUUAGUCACUGCAUCUACAGAUUCAGGACUCAUUAUAUGAAAUUUAGAAGACGGCCAAAAGUUAAAAAAAUUAGAAGGCCACAGUGAAGUAAUCAUUUGUAUCCAAAUCACAAAAAACAAUUUUUUAUUUUCAGCAGGAGAAGAUAAAGCUAUCAGAGUGUGGAGCUUAGAAACCAAAUUUUUAAUUGCAAUUUUGGAGGGUCACACUGAAAAUGUCAAUUGCUUAAAGCUAACUAGCCAAGAAAACUGGGUCUUAUCGUGCUCCAAUGAUGGAACUAUAAGGUUCUGAGAUGUUGCUGAAACUCGCGUUGAGGCUGUUAUUCACACAGGAAUGAAAAAUAUCCCAAGCAUAAAAAUCAGCAAAAACGGAAAAUAUUUUGCGUUUGCAAGAGAACAGAUUAAAAUAUGAGGACUUUUGAAAAGGAAAGAAAUAGCUUCAUUUAAAUUGGAUUUGCAUGAUUAUGUUGAGGAUAUCAAGUUUUCAAGAGAUUCACGAUUUUUAAUCGCUGGAUUAUUUAGUGGGUCAAUAAAAAUAUACAAUAUAAAGCUAGCAGCUGAGGUGGAAAGCUUGAAAUUGCAUGAUCAGUCCAUUCUUACAUUAUGUGAAACUGAUGAGAGAAAUUGACUUAUUGCAAAUACAGUAGAAAGCAUAGGAAUUUGAAGUCUGGAAAAAAAUGACUUCAGUUUGGCUUCAAACGGUGACUUAGACAGUAGAUUUUUGAAAGAAUUUGAAUAUAUUCAUAUUGCAGCUGAUGGCCAAAACUUUUUUUCAAGUAUAUGUGAUACUUCAAUUAUUUGCUGGGAUGCUAUCGAAAAUUGCAAAAUUGGCUCGCUGCAAGGCCAUCAUAGUAAAAUCAAAUGCCUAGAAAUCACUAAAGAUGGGGAAUAUUUGAUAUCAGGAAGUUAUGGAGAAAUUAAAGUAUGAAACGUUGAAAAUAGAAAAUGAAUUACAGAUUUAUCAGGAAAUUUAGCUUCGAUUUUAGUAUUAUUUGUGACAGCAGAUAUAGAAAUUUCCCAUAGAUGGCGCUGUUUGCCCUUGAUUUGCCCACUGGGGACAUUUUUUGGUUCGACCAGUACAAUAUGGUUUGGUCAAACCAAAAAAUUUUCCUCACGGACAAAUCAAGGGCAAACAGCGCCAUCUAUUGGAAGUUUCUAUAAUAAAUAUUUACUGUCUGGCUCAAAAGAUAAGUUCAUUAAGGUUUGAAGCAUAGGAAACUGAAAUGAAAUUGCGUCUCUAGAAGGUCAUGGGUCUGAUGUGCUGUGUAUAGAAGAAACAAAGGAUUUUGCCAUUUCAGGAGGAGCAGAUUGCCAGAUUUGUUUGUGGAAUAAAAAUCAGUGAGAUUUAGAUGGAAUCCUAUUCGGCCAUUCAAAAGCGAUCUCUUGCUUAAAAGUGUUUUCUAAUAUGAGAUUUCUUAUAUCAGGGUCAGACGAUAAAACUAUUAGGAUUUGAAAUAUUUCAAUAAAAGCUCAAAUUGCUGUAAUAAGUGGCCAUACUGAUGCUAUAAAGUGCCUAAAAUUGACUAAAAAUGAAAAAUAUGCAGUUUCAAGCUCACUUGACAAAACUAUCAAAAUAUGGGACAUUGAUGAAAGAAAAGAAAUCGUGAGUUUGGACAAUUCUGAUGUAGCGAACUGUAUAGAACUAAUUGAUAAUGAUAAAUUUAUUAUAGCUGGUCUAAAUGAUGGGAAAAUGAUUUUAUGGAGCUUUGUUGAUUGAAAUAAAAUAGCCACAAUAACAGACCACAAAAGACCCAUCAAACUAGUAAAAUCACCUUAUGAAGAUUGGAAAAUUAUUGCAGGCUCCCGACAAAAUGUUGAGGUUUAUGAUCUCCAAAAGUUGAUCAGCCACCCUACUCAAUUGAAAGAAAUAUCCACUUAUUCUGAUAAGUUAUACAAAACUAUGACAAAAAUAUCAAUUAAAAAGGUCAUUAGAGCAGAAGAUGAUGAAAGUAUUAAAAGAUUUUCUGAUAUCACGAUUUAUCCACUCAGGAUAAAUUGCUUGCAUUAUUAUUGCUAUUUUGAUAAUAUUUCUUGUCUAAGUAAAGUACUUAAUUAUGAGCCGCCUAUUAUCAGAGAUUUGAAUGGCUCAAGCCCGCUUACAUAUGCAAUUACUAACUCCCCCUGUUUAACUUGAAACAAAGCUUCGCUAAAAUUUACUUUAAUCCCUUUAAACAGGAACAAAUUUUAUUGGUAAAAAUGCUAAUUUUUUAUAAAAUAAGUUUUGACCUAAUUUAAUGAAAAAGUGUAAAAAGAAUAGAUAAUUUUUUUGAUUUAUUCUUCAUAAAAAUAAAUUAAAAUUCAAAAUAUUAAUCAAUUUAAGUUUUUAUAAAUUCUAACCCCUUUUAAAUUUAAACAAAAAUUUUUUGUUCUAAUUAAAAGGGAAGGAGAGUAAGAAAUCAAGAAGAUGCAUUGAUGAGAUACUUCUUUAUUUAUCAAAAAUUAAGGAUGAAAAAUCGCUGCUUAUAUCAGUCCAUGCUAUAAGAGACGAUAUUCCUCAUCUUUUUGAGAUAAAAUUAAAAAAUCUGGUUUUGCUUUUGGCUUGUAUUUUUAAAAGCGAAAAAGAUGAAUUAGUUGGUUUUGCAGUGCCAAAAAAAGAUCUGCCAAAUACAAUUUUUUCUCCCACAGUAAUAUUGAGGAGAAAUGAGUUUGUGUAUGAAUCAGAUAGCAUUAUAAAUAAAGAAGAAACACUGGUGCAGUUCUGAGCAAGCUAUUUUGGAUGAAAUUUUUCAAUGGGAUCAUCUGAAAGCUUAAAUAUGCUCAAAGCAAUUAAUAAUAGAGGUAAGGUUAGUUAAAUUAUAGAAGGUCUCUGAGAUUUAUUUCGGCCCCUUACCGUUAUAGGGCUUUUCCAUGAAUAGCCCGAUAACGGGCUGGCUUCAUCCCUAUAUCGGGCUAUUUAAGGGAAAGCCCUAUAAGCACAGGCGUCUCAUCUUAUCGACAUCCCAAACAAGGCUGCAUCAGCAGUCUCUCAGGAGACUCACCGACAAUGCUUGCGGCAUUGUACUUCCUUAGCCCAAGGUAGAGCUCAGAAUAUGGGCGUGCAUCCAAUGCCCUCUUAGACUACCCUGCCCUUAUUUAGGCGCAUAGUUAAAUCCCAGAAGUGAACUGACUUCGCACCUUUGAUUUGCCGUCUGUGGGCGGAGGAGAAAUGCCUGUUGUGGGAUCCGAACAGGUAAAAGCUGACCCUAAACUUCCUAAUAUUAUUGAAUCCACAUACCUAAGGCUGGAAUCAAUUCACUAGUCACAUUGGACCUUAAACCUCUUGCCACCUUUUUAUAGAGUAAUAAUAGAAAAGAAUUUGAAAUCUACAGAACAGAUUUUAUUCGGACCUUGAUAAAAUUAAAAUGAGAUUCACUAAAAUGUAUAGAACUUUCUCUUCAAUAGCGUGAUAAAGUGUGCAUCCUGGUUUUGACUAAAAGGUCUUUAUAAUUAAAAUAUGGCGUCUUCGUCUGGGUAUGGCCUCCCGGCCAUACAGCCUCGACUCAUAUUUUAAUUAUAUCCGGCAAGGUUUUUACCAUUUCAGAGAUGGACUGCAAUGCUAGGUAAGCAAUUCUGGUAGCUUUCAGAGCCUAGCCCUAGUCUGUUUUCAGGGGUGGAUUUUUCCUCGUGGGGAAGGAAGGUGCAGGGUUGGAAAGGGGAAGCCCAGCAAAGUCCUCUGGACCAUUCGGGCAACUCCCUAGCGUGAAACUGGGCGUUACGUCCCAGGCUUUGCAUUUUUCCUUUUUGCCGAUAGCUGACCAGAAAAAUCCAUUUUUUUGGGUUUUUCGGAAAAGCAACCCAUGUACAAGCAAGUAGCUCAUCCAUGAGCCGUCGAAGACGUGGACAUUUGCCCCAGAAGCACCCUUGGCGAUCGAAGCGAGUCUGUCUCCAGCAGGCUGGUGGGCCCGAUGCGACGAAAGGCGAGUGAUAAACCUGGAGUUGUAACCCCGUAGUGGACGUUAAGCGAUAUAAAUUCUAUAAGAUAAGAUAAGACUAAAAGGUCUUUGGACCAUGAAAAUUUGCUGUUCCUUCUCCGUAAGAGAUGCAAAUAGUGGAAAUGAAGACCUCCUCCCGAUCCAGCCUUGAGAACUUAAAGGAAUGUUCUUUGCCUGGAUAAAGAAUAAACUGGAAAUGUGUGGAACUUUGAUUUCUUGCAAAAAUUUUUAAUUUUGCAAUUUUUAGUUCGUCAAAUUGUUUUGACAAGCCAAUUCUGGCAAGUACUAGAAAAAAAAAAUGAUUACCAUAAUUUUUAAUUUUCUGAUGACAAGGAUAAUCAGAAAUUUUAAUAAAUGGCAUAGGAUCAGAAUACCUAAACUUUAGAAUAUGUGCAAUUUUAUUAUGAAUUAAAAUUUAUAUUGGUUUUUUAAUUUAAUUAAAUUUUCGUAAAUAUUAUUUGAAAUCUUAUAAGCAGAAAUAUGCUUAAUUGUUUGUAUUCGAAAUAAAUUUAAUUUUAUAAAAAACUUUAUUGAAUAUUUAAUUUUAGUAUUUAAAAAAAUUUCUAAAAAUGAAUUUGUGCUCGAGUCCAGAAGCGGAAAAUGAAGGAAUUAAAUAGCUAUUUUAAUACUUUAAAUAUCAAGUUUUGAAUGAAACCGCAUGAGGUGACUUAAGAAUUUUAAUUUUUUUAUUGCUAAUGAAAUCAAGAUGGCGGCUUAAACGAACAAUAAAUAUCUAAAAAUGAGUUUGUGCUCGAAUCCAGAAAGCGGAAAAUAAGGGUACCAAAUAGCUGUCUCAAUACUUUAAAUACCAAGUUUUGAAUGAAACCGCAUGAGGUGACUUAAGAAUUUUAAUUUUUUUAAUGCUUAUAAAAUCAAGAUGGUUUUUUUAAACGACCCAAAAAAAUGUUCAAAAAUGAAUUUGUGCUCGAAUCCAGAAAGCGGAAAAUAAAGGCAUCAAAUAGCUGUUUUAAUACUUUAAAUACCAAGUUUUGAAUGAAGCCGCAUGAGGUGACUUAAGAAUUUUAAUUUUUUUAAUGGCUUAUAAAAUCAAGAUGGCGGCUUAAACGAACAAAAAUUAUUCAAAAAAUGAAUUUGUGCUCGAAUCCAGAAAGCGGAAAAAUAAAGGCACCAAAUAGCUGUUUUAAUACUUCAAAUUUUAAGUUUUGAAUGAAACCGCAUGAGGUGACUUAAGAAUUUUAAUUUUUUUAAUGGCUGAAAAAUCAAGAUGGGCGGCAUAAACAAUCAAAAAAAGUCUCAAUAUGAAUUUGUGUUCGAGUUCAGAAAGGGAAAACAAAGGCAUCAAAUAGCGAAAUUUAAAAUAAGAAAAAUUAAUUUGAGAAAUAUAAAAGUUAGUUCCUAAAAAUUAGCUAAAAUUCUUGCAAACUAUUUAUUAGAAUUCUUAUUAUUUUAAUCUCCAAGAUCUUGGCCCCUUAUAGCUAUUGAAGAAUAUUUUUCAAUAAUACUUUUCAUUAAGACUCUCAUAUUUAUCAAUCCAGCAGCAUAAUUAAUUGAUAAUCAAAAAUUUAAAUCAACAUGACGCAUAUUUAAGCAAAGAUCUAAGCGAAAUUAAUAACAUUUAUGCUUACUUUCACUAUUUUUUUAAGUUUGUUUUUUUGAUCCUUUGCCUUUAUUAAAAUUUUCUGAUCAUUCUUAAAAUCAGAAAAAUAAUAAAUUAUGACAAUUAUUUAUUUUUUUCAUUUCAAGUGCUAGCCAGAAUUAACUCGUCAGAAACCAUUUGACGAAAUCAAAACUUAUUAAAAUUAUAAUUUUUGCAAGAAAUAAAAAUUCCACAAUAACUCAGGUAUAGGGCCUUCCUAUAUAUGGCGCGCAAUGCGCCAUCACCGAGCCAUGUCGGGAGAGGGUUCCACACGAGGAAUGGUUCUACGUGUGGAACCCUCUUUUUGACCUGUGAGAAAACUACUUUCCACGAGCCAAAAAGAGGUUUCCACACGUAGAACCAUUCCUCGUGUGGAACCCUCUCCCGACAUGGCCCGGUGAUGGCGCAUUGCGCGCCAUCUAUAGGAAGGCCCUAUAUUCUUAAUUCAGAACAAAAAAAAUCCCUUCCAGUUCUCGAAACUGGAUGGGCAGAACUCUUCAUUUUCACUAUUUGCUUCUCUUAUGGAGAAGGAACAGCAGAUUUUCAUGGUCAAAGACCUUUUAGUCAAAUCAGGAUGCACGUCUUUUCGCGCUAUUAAAGAAAAAGUUCUAUAUUAUUCUAGCUCAAUCCUUGGUCUUUUGGGCAAAUAUUGCUUUGAUGAUUUUUGCUGUAUUCACUCAAGACUCCUCAAUUUUUUGUGCCUUUAUACUUGUAAAUAUUUUCCUUGGGCUCUAUGAAGUGGUCCAAAUUUAUGCAGACUUUUGAGGCUGCAUUUCAGAUCCAUGAUUCUAUAUAGACACCACUCGUUUGGCGAUGUGCCUUAUAUGAAGCAUCCUCACCAUUAAUGACGACUGCCCUUAUCCCCUCACAUAUUUUACAGCGGCCAUUAAUUUCGCUCGAGGAUCCUCUUAUUUCCGUGCUUUUGAUAUGACUCGUUUUUACGUUAGAUUGAUUUUACAUGCAGUUUACGAUGCGAUAUCAUUUUUGGUUAUUCUUUUAUAUUCGAUUCUUUCUUUUUCAGUGAUUUAUGCAUCAACUGAUCAAUCUAUGGACAUCAUAUCAGUGUGGAAAAAUACCUAUGAGCUUGAAAUCGGACAGUUUGAUAAUGACGGUUUCUCAAUUUUACAGUAUCUUUAUUUCACAGUGGCGAGCUUAAUCAAUGUAAUUGUUCUAUUGAAUUUAUUAGUUUCAGUGCUAGGGGAUUCUUUUUCAAGACUUAAAGAGAUUACCCAAGAAAUUGACUUGGAAGAAAUGCUGAGAGUUAUUAUUGAGAUAGAGACUGUGCUGUUUUGGAGGAGAAACCAUAAUCAAGGAAAAAGGCAAUACAUGCAAAGAUGCGAUUAUUUUCAAGAAAAUGUAAAAAAGGAUGCCCUAGAUGAAAAUGUGAAAGAAUUAAGGGAAGAAAUUAGGUGUUUAAAGCAGGAUAUAAUUGAAUUAAGAAAAAAUGCAAUUAAUAAAGAAUGGUUAAAAGAAGAGAUUCAGGGCUUGUAUGGAAGGCUGAAAAUUCGUGAUAUGGAAGCGUUCAAAGAAGAAAUGCAAAGUUUAGAAAAUAAAAUUGAAAAAAGAGAUAAAGCUUUUGAAGAAAAAAUAGAUGAGAUGCUUAAUGAAAUGAGGCAAAAUCGCUAA